AUGCAGUUUUCCAUGCCCACGGCCGUGGAGCGCGUGCCUGAGUCCUCCACCGUCAAUGACCAAGAGCAGGAGCAGGAGGAGGCGCUACUGCGACUGGCUGCGCGUAUGAAGCAGAAUGUGGCCACGGGAGAUCGUCGUCGCCACCUUUUCAAAAAGUACCGAGACUGUUUUACUGGCAUGGAGGCUGUGGACUGGAUGCUCGAGCAAAUGGAGGCCAAGAGUGUGGCGGAGGCUGUACGCAAAGGGCAAGGGUUGCUAUCCCAUCAUUACAUUGAGAAGGUGGAGAAAGAGACCAAGUUCGAGUACAACAAGAAGCGAUUCUACCGCUUCACAGCCACCACGCCUGAGUUCGUGCAGGCUGUCGAGCGUCCACUUCCCAGCGCCACGCUGGACUUGCCACUAAGUGCUGCAGCGCGGCGACGCGCUCUCGCGGCGCUGAUCGGUGGUUUCGUUGCCGACGCGGCCUCCACGUCGCUCAAUGGCGUCUCCCAUCCGGAGAAGACCAUCCCUAAUCUGCUGCGACUGGACUUUGACCCUGCCUUUUGCGGUCUGUAUGACACGGGGGAUGGCACUGAUAAGAAGGGAAGUCGCACGAGAAUGGAGUCGUCGACCGGUUUCGAGGCCCGUAUCUUGUUGCAAUGCAUCGCUCGACGAGGACACAUCCACGGGUCACAACUGGCGAAAGACGCAUACUGGGGCUUCAAGAACGACCACCGUCUUCUCAGUGCGUCGUCCAGGGCCUUUAUCAAGCGUGUGCACUCGGGCAAGGGCUGGCCUCACUGUGCUGUCAAGUGCCGAUCGAUCGACGUCUUGUCACUGAUCCCCAUUGUCGUGGCACUCUAUGCUGGUACAAAUCAACUGUUCACUAAAGUGGACGAGCUCGUCAAGGUCUUCUACGUCGGGACUCGUGUUCGUGACGCAGCGCUCGUGGCGGCUUUUGUGCUGGAGCAGGUGAUUCUCGGGGCGUCCGUGCUGCAGGCCAUGCGUAUGAGCAUCCGUACUGAGAGGCUGAGUGUCAAGCAGCGUAAAGUCAUCUUCAAGGCCUUCACCAAGUCGCAACUGCCUAGUUACGAGGCCAUCCAGAAGUUCGGUAACCGUGGUUCGUUGCCUGGAGGGUUCCACGCUGUACUGCAGCCACUUUUUGUGCUGAACGACUACCCUACAGCCGUGCGUGAGAACAUCAUCGGAGGUGGACGCACAUGUCGCCGUGCCAUGUUUAUUGGUGCUUGCUUUGCUGCCCAGGAUGGGUUAGAGGCGAUCCCGGAAGGCUGGAUCCAAAAGACUCAAUACUUUGACUUCAUUGAGGCAGAUGCCAGCUCUUUGGUUGGUCGGCGUGAGGUCCAAGGCUCAUUCACCGACGAAGACGAAGAAGAUCGUCUUGCAGCAUACGUCGACUACGUACCGCGGUCGUCCAUGUCUUCAUCUCGUCACAUUGAGCGUCCCGAAUCGUCUCGUCGUAUCAGCAACCUCGCUGCGUCUUCUUCUUCAAACGCCAACGGCGAAGCACUGGAUAUUCCAUCGGAGCUGCCGCCUGAGAGUUUGCCGACUUCCUCUCGCCGCUCUUCCGGUCCCAUUCGUCGUCGUUCCAACAGCUACGCGUCUUCUGGUGGUCUUUCAUCGCCGCGUUCUAUUGCUUCCAACUUCUCGUACGCUUCGCAGACGACCACAGCCUCCAGUGUACGCUCUGUCAUCGAUCUAGGAGACAUGGACAAAUUCUACCAAAGUGGGGUGGGCAACACGCUGCCGAAUUCGACCACUCCACGCUCUAGUGGCGGGACAGACGGCCGUUUGAGCUUCGAAAUGCAAAAGUUCUUCCAAGCUUAUGGCGCGGCUGCUGCUGCUCGCGGCUCUCGUGGGUCCCACGGAUCCUUCGGAGAGUACGGAUCGUACGGCAGUGGCUCCUCCACGGUGCGUUCUAGCGACCUGAACCAGCUCCGCCCGAGCGACAUGGCUCCGUAUCUUCGACGCAGCUCCGCGUCGGUGCGUCGUAGUGAUCCUCGCAGUGGCGACCCCCGUGGCGAACUCCGUCACAGCUACGUUGCAAGCUCACGUCGCAGUGACACCAACCUCAUGUACAGCCACCAGCCGCGAUACUCGGGCAAAGUGUCUCGUGUCAGCGACCCGAACACCUUCUACCGUCGAUCAUCAUCUACACCCGCUUACGUGCCCGAAGCCGAACGAUCCGAAGACGUCGUGCUGGCCCACCGCGUAUCACUCGACGAAGGUCAGCGCGUGAGUCUGCACGCUAUCCUCUAAGAUCUCAUCAAAAAGCGGGUCGUGCUGUGCAUGAGUGAGUACACGCCCUUUGUCUCUUUGACCGGUGAUGACGAGGCCCCUGAAGUACAAAAAGCGAAGACGACGGUGUGUUGUUUAAUUUAUUUGAUAUGAGCGUAGGCGAAAAAGGCAGAAACAGCAGCAGGUAGGGAGGGAGUACUACAUGUAGUACUUGAGUUAGAUAUUAAUAGUCAUAUUUGUAUUAUCGAAA